AUGAACAAUCAAGGUUCUGGACACAGUGAGGUUUAUGGUGACACUUACAACCCCUCCUGGAAAAACCACCCGAACUUAAGAUGGGGAGAUAGCCACACUCAAAACCAACAAACCUGGCAGAAAAAUUCCAACCAAAAUAACUCAAGAAACACAGCUUACACAAACCAUAACAACCAGCAAACCACCAACCACAAUUCAUACAGAAAACCCCAAAACAACUACCCACAUUCUAGCUAUUAUCCACCCAAUAACCCAACCACUAACCAAAAUAUAUAUCAUCCACCUUCAGCACCCCAUAACCAACCACAUCCAUCACAAGAUGCUCAAAGAAUCUCUAAUUUGGAGAGCUUGAUAAAGAAGAUGCUAAAGCACCAAGAGAUAACAAGCAAGAAUCACGAAGCUUCAAUAAGGAACUUAGAAAGGCAGAUUGGACAGCUUUCCAAGCAAGCUGUGAUUGAAAGGCCAUCAAGCUCACUCCCAAGUGACACCAUUCCAAAUCCUAAAGAAGAAUGCAAAGCCAUACAGAUGAGGAGUGGAAAGAUCUUGGUGAAAGAUGAAGGAGCAACCAAGAAGCCAAAGGAAAAUGACAAGAAGCAAGCUGAGAAAGAGGAAGCCAGCAAAGAAGUGACAGCAGGCAAGCAGGCUCAAGAAAAGGAAGACCAACCACAAAUCUUAAGAAAAGGAAAGGAGGCAAUGGAAGAACCAACCAAAGAACAACGGCAGGGAGUGAACUUCACACCUCCAUUGCCAUAUCCCCAAAGGUUCAACAAGGAGACUAAGGACCAACACUUCCCUAAAUUCCUUGAAGUCUUCAAGAAAUUGUAG